AUGACUACAGGUUAAGCGUUUUAAUAAUAUUCUUUUAGUGGUAAUAAGUUAUUAUUUGAAGGUAGCAUUCAGACGGAUUUCAAGCAUUAAAAUGGAAUAUAAAAGAAGAGAAAGAUUUAAAAUGAUGUUUCUUAAUAACUGGAGGAAGUUACUUUGA